AUGUGCACCAACAUAGUUUACGAGUGGCUGAAAGCGCUGCAGCUCCCGCAGUACGCGGAAUCCUUCGUGGAUAACGGCUACGAUGACCUGGAGGUGUGCAAGCAGAUCGGAGAUCCGGACCUGGACGCUAUCGGGGUGCUGGCGCCCGCACACCGCCGACGCAUCCUGGAGGCCGUGCGCCGGCUGCGGGAGCAGGAUGCCGCCGCCGCGGGCCUCUACUUCACACUGGAGCCGCAGCCCGCGUCGCCGGGGCCUCCAGCGGACGACAUGCCCCCCUGCCGCCGGGGGGAACCGUGCGGCGGCCCAGCCCAGGGUACCUGCGGAGACCCCCGCAGCCAGACGACCGCCCCCCGGAGUAGGGAGCUGGUGAGCUACCCCAAACUGAAGCUGAAGAUCAUGAUCAGGGAUAAACUCGUUCGAGAUGGCAUCCACCUGAGCAAGCCCCCUUACUCCCGAAAGGUCCCAAUGGCUGGCAUCCUAGAGUACUUAAUGAAUUGGCCGAAGUCGUCACAGAACCGCUAG